AUGGCCGCUACGACGGCGACGUACUCGGGCGCAAUGCCGUCGCAGCCCUAUCCGCAAAUGCCCGCAUCUCCGACUCUCACGAACCCGGACAUGAUCCUUCCCGACUAUGACCGCCCGCCGUCAAUGGACCUUGACAGCCAAGAUCUCGACCGUUCCCAGUCGCCCCUCAUGAUGUGGAAAAACGCGCAGGGUUCAACUUCGAGUGUCGAUUUGACGCAGCAGAUGUAUGCCGGGUCCAACGCGACACUCGACGCCGCCUUUGUCAGCGGCGGCCCCAUGAGUCCCAUCACCCCGACGACACCCAUAAUAUACGGAAAUGGCACGAUGCUGUCCGACAUUGGCGAGGUCACUGAGGUGGAGAGUACCCCAGGGAAACCAUGGACCUCGCGACCUCGGGGGGCCUCGAGCGGUGCCGACAGCGUCAUGGACCCUGUAGAUGAUGCUCUACGGUCCUCGCCCACGAUGGGUCUUGAUGGCGUCAAGAAGCUCGUCCGCAGGCCAAACGACCGUCAGAGGUCAGGCUCGAUGGACAGCACCAGUACAAUCACCACGCAGGACAGGUCCAACAUAUUUGCCGAUUUUGAUGACUCGGUCAGUGUGGGAGACGACAGUGUGUUUUUGGGAGAUGACGAGGAGAGCGUCGCCGAUUCGUACAGACCAGACGAGCCGGCAAAGGCGCCAGUUGCCAGACCGCCGCAACCUGGUGGUCGUAUAGCCCCGGCUGCUGCUGCCGCUGCCGCGGCGGCGGAGCGGAGGGCUGCAAACGUGGGCAAGGAAACGGAGAAUAUUCAGGAGUCCCUCAGCCAGCGCGCGGAACUGAUUCUCGCCAAUGCGAAACGGAGGUUGACUACGAUGGAGGGGAACCUGAACCGAGCCCGCAACACUCUGCAUUCGCACUCGCCCUCGCUGUCGUCGCUCGGCUCGGAGUGCUCAACUCCUUCGCCUACCCGCGCUUUUGUAGUAUCCCCUGGACAUAGCAGGAUGGGCAGCGAGAACACGUUUCGAAUCGGCCUGCCGGUAAAGGUGUAUCCUCAGAGGUCGGCAAGCGCGAUGGGGGCUGCCGGUGGCUAUAGGCAGCCACUCACAACCUCUAAGAGCGUCGACAAUAUUCGUUACAGCGCGCCCGAUGGCCCCAGGUCAGACCACAAGCUGUCGCCAGGUCUGCGCGAUGCUAACCUGGCCCCGCUGAGCGAAAAUCAAGGCGAUGCGGAGGGCUCUGUCAUUGGCGAUGCACACCGAGCUGCACAGCCAUCCAGGAACUUUUUGAGCCCCACGUUCGGCUACCCUGACGAGCAAAGGGUUAUAACCAGGUCGGCUUCGGUUAACCAGAUGCGCGAUCUGAAGGACCAGGUGCAGGAUCUCAAAGGAAAGAUUUCCAGUUUGCGAGACCAGGCACGCAUGGAUAGUAUACGGAGGAGAAGUUUCCAAAGCCUACGCACCCCCAGCCCUUUCACAAACGCACGUGUCGAUCAAUGGUUUGACGGAACCAACGGGGCCAAGUCUGGCGGUACCUCUGCCGAAGCAGCUGACGAUGAAUCUACGACGGAGCGGAGUUUGUGGACCGGAGAAGUAGAAAUCCCAAUUGUGCGUGAGGAUCAGAAUUCAGAUGGAACCAUCAGUGCAGGUACGGCGGAGGACUCGGCUAUCAAGAUCCAGGUGGAGGACGCAACUGAAGGUCUCUCUGCAGAUGAGAAUUUUGACACCGCAGAAGGAGAUCUCCAAGGCGACGAUGACAUUAGCGAUAUGGUGACGGAGGAUGGCAAUUAUGAUGACGAGAAUCCCGAUUACACAAGCGAAAGCGGCGAAUCCUCAUACCACGACACAUUUCAACAUCCGCUUUCCCAUGAGGACAGAGAGGACGCCUUUGAUUACGAGCACUUCAUAUUACACAGCGCUCUAGGAACUAUAAGCCAACAGCGCAUGGCUCGACGGGAAAGAGGAAGCUUUAGUUCCGAGGAGUCGGUCGAGACCCAACGAGGCCCGGUGACGGACUCAGAGGCGGUGAUUGCUGGUGGAGGUGGCAUGGGACUGCGUAGGAGUGCCAGCCACCUGUCUACAGGAACAAGCGCAUCGAAGGACUCGUUCGAUUCGUUUGCCACAGCAGAUGAGGGUCGCGCAAGCCGUGCGGAAGGUGGACGCAGGACAGCUGAAGGCAACAGGUCCCGGACUCAAACGCGAACACAGCACCGUGACGAGACUGCUGUUGUGACGACUCCUACGAUCGCCGAGGAAUCCGACACGUACUCUGGCUUUGUUACUCCCGUCGACGAAGGGGAGGUCGGCCAUGAGAGCAGCAACGAGGGAAGUAAUCAGAGACACAAUGACUAUGCCAUGAAAUAUUCCCCACCGGUCGCUACCGUGGCCCGUCGACCUGCUAGCAGCGCAGCAACGCACAAGGCCAACCGACCGUCAGUGUCGUCACUCGAUUCAACCGGCACGAUGCGAAGCUUCCCACUUGUAUCGCGUAAAAAGGCAACAAGCUUGACCAGCAUUCCGAACACUGAAAACUUGCGCAACAUCUCAAAUCACCUCAUGAACGACGCCGCAGCCAUCUACGAGCAGAGGGCCGGCAGCAGCUUUAGCGGGCGGUCGAGCCCUGUUAAGAAGUCUACCGCACUGGUUGAGCCGAACACUCCGCUUGCGCUGCAACAGCUCUUACGUGAAGACAAGUUCCUCGUCGAAAGACUGGUUGCCAGCAUAGGCAAGUGUGUUCUCGGCCUCACGGAGAACGGCCGGUCGAGUGCCGAAAGCCGGAUGUAUCGGAGGCGGCUGGACGCGGCGCGCAGGAUUCUCGAGGGCAUUGAUACUGUAUAG